AUGAUGGCGAGACCUCGCGAUAUGGACAGCGCCGGGCGAAUGCUGCGUGUGCUACGAGACUGCAAGCUCUUUCACAUGGAAGCAGCUAUAGCCAAGCUCGAGCACGUUGACGCUGGAAUCAGAUUUGAGUCGCUACGAACGCCUAACCGCGAAGACGACGCUGAUAGGCUGGAAGGCAAUGAUGCGGGUCUGAGAGUGUUGUCGUUGUUGGACCACAAGCAAAUAGCACAGCUGAUAGCUGCUUUGAACUCGGUCGUCAAUGCUUACAACACUCAAGAAAUCGAAGAAGAAGAAGGAGCUGGAGGAACGAACUUGAACCGGAACUUAGUAUGCACUGUGGCAGGGGCUGCAAUGAUGCAAUCGUUGAAAGGUUGCACUGCAUCUCGAACAAAUUGCUGUGUCUGGGGCGCACAGGCGAAAAAAGUGCACCUCCUAUUGGACUGGAUGGUGGAACGAGAAAGUAGUGAAGCAUCUAUGAACCGUGACUACCUACGACAAUUACUGCUGGGACGUGUUCAGCCGGUGGCCGAGAAGCAGGAUCAACUUACUGCUUGCCUGACGAUUUUCGAGCUGUUGCAACAACGUCGUCACAAGUUGCAGACUUAUGCACGCGGUACUGCGAUUCCGUGCUUGUUCGGAGAUCGAGCUGGGAUGUACUUGAGUGCCUUGCGUGCCAUUGUCGAUCGAGGAACAAUUCAGGUUGUUGGCUCGCGUCACGUCAAACCAUCAAAGCUUGCGCUGAUCGCCUUGGAAGCGCUUGCAUUGCUAAGCGGGGAUGUUGCAGUGCGGUACAUGACGUCGGAUCAAGUGGCAAAAAAAAUCUUAGUGGAAAAAGGUCUGAUGCUUGAAACAGCAGAGUGCAUUCGAUGUGUCCUAGCUGCGCUACGACAGUGGCACUUGCACUCAAAGCAUCACCCGUUUCUCGUCUAUGCACUGCAACACCUACAGUCGUACGCUAUACCGUGCUGCGUCAUCUUAUCCGGCAUAGAGGGAGCUACAAGUGAGGCUGCACACGACACAAGCGUAAACAUUACAGCUAUACUGGAUGUACUGUGUUGGCACUGGAUUGCAGCCGUUCCGCUACUUUGCACGCGUUCCACCGCAUCCUGCAGGAUCCGCGAGACUCGGCCAUCGGAGACUCUGACUUCAGUCUUACAGAAGUGGGCAUUCAGUUUUCUUGAGCCAAAAAAAGUGCGGGGCGACAACAACGCCAUUACCAAUCCCGAGGUAAUUUACGCGCAGCUAUGCUAUGUGUGCGUACUGAUGGAUUCAAUAGGUAGAGUCAAAGGACAUUCGAAGACUUAUGACGAGAUUGCCGAAGAGACAAAAGCACACUUUGUUUUCUUCUUUACCCAAGGUUUGUCGGUGGCAGUCAAAAGAGGGGAUGGAGGGACAGCGCUCUUCGUAUUGAAGAUCCUGAGGACAGCCCUUCUGUCCAAAGCUGCUCAACAUAUGCUAAGCUCACAGGAUGACAAGCAAGAGUUCCUCUCGCAAUUGCUACAUAUCCACGGCAACUUCUCCACAUCACGCAGGAUCUCUGACAUUAUGCUGCAAUGUCAAGUCGAGCUGGAGUUUUUUGUGGCCGACUUUGUCAUUUUUCGAGAAGUGUUCGUCACGGAGAUACUUAGACGCCUCCAACACGCAUACACCAAUAGCGACAAGAGCAUUCUAUCCUUCGUGCGGACAUUGUUGUACCGAUUGGACAAAGCGACUCCUCAGACCAAGCUACACAAGCAUUGGCGCAAGCUGCUUACACCGGAAAUUGUACGCUUCGCUGCGCAGGGAAACUGUGACACUCACCGAUUUGCCCUUUCUUGCUUGCCGUCGCUGGAUGUCGUAGCUUGCGUUGCCGAGUUGUGUGGACCCAACCUUUGUGGCGCCAAAAGUCAUUUAGUCACAUCAACGCUCGGGUAUCUUUUCGCAGCUUCGUCGCGAGAUUCCAUUGAAGCAAUGGUGUCUUGGUUCAUCGACGCAUGCCAGUUUGGCAGUACUCAAGUCCAUUCCGUCUCCGAUACGAUCCCGUUGUCCCCUCACGAUUGGAACAGCAGCGUCAUGCAGCCCAACGAAAGCGUUGGAGAUGAAACGCAAGAAAUGCGAAAUGAGCUGUUUUCGCUUUGUUUUGGUCCGAACGGGUGGACUAAACAUGUCCUGUCCGCUAGCAUUCGAUGUGACGUGUUACGUUUAUCGAUCCAAAAAGUGUUCAGCUUUCCUCGUAGCGCGGUUCUUCUGCAGAUGCUACGUGAGUUCGUGCUGUGUGACUGGGUGGACAACGAAUUGUUUAAUAUGAUAGGAAAACGGAUUACUGCUCAAAUGAUGAAUCUGCCGCGUUUGACCGAGGAGCACUUGAACGACAAUUCCUUUUCGGCAGUAACGUCAAUUAGGGGAUUACUAUUCUCCCGGUUGGCACCGCUGCUGAUUCUACGAAUGGUUCCUCGAGAUGUCCUUGGGAACACUUGUGCGAAGUUAUUGCCGUGUGGACGCGAAGAUUUACAUCACCUAAACGCGUGCAUUGAGGAUGAGCUCAAGACCGCUUCCAAUGAGUCGGAAGUGUCCUGUGUAGACCAGGAGAGUUUCAUCAGCAAAACACUUUUUCACGUUCUCGCCCGAUCAAUGGUGGAUCCACUGGAAUUCAAAGAGGUAAAGAUGGUUGCGACUGAGUGCCUAUCCAAAUUCCCUCCACCUCGGGUGCUGCCGUUCGUCCUAGCAUACUUGGUUGCUUUCUUGCGAGAAGAAAUUGUGUGCGACGCCGGCUUUAGUUCACCUGUCGUCGCUGAAGAAAGCAUUCCAGAUUCAUGUGGAUUGGUGACUGCCAAAUUGAUGGUCUUUUAUCUCAACCGGGUGUUUUCUGAGGACAGCAAUGCCUUCAGAGAUGAUGACGUCGUAUCCAAAGCGCUUGUCGUGUUGGUACACGUUCUGGAGAUUCCGUGCACUCAAAUUUCGAAGACGGGAUCGGCUUCUCCACCCUCUACCGAUAUCCAACGCGGCUGCAUCGAUUGCAUCGCGUUAAUACUUCUCAGACUGUCGGGGAUUGAUGAUGGACAGAGAAGCAAAGGAGUGCCGACUAUAAAUGCUUCGUCUCUGGUUGACCUUCUAAUGGAGUGGGCGUUCGACAAAGCUGCACGAAAAGACGUCGUGCACCAUGACGCUGACACGUUUACAUCACGCGUGCAGGAGAUGCUAUGCAGUAUGCGGAGAGGGGGUUACCCACACCGACUAUCGUUGCAAGCUCGGAUUUGCAUUUGCAAUGUUUUUCUGAGUGCGAUCUCACGAGCUGGAAACGAGGUUCUUGCAAACUGGAAAUCACAGCGGAUCAUUGCUCGCAUUGCACUAGCAACUGGGUGUUGUACUGAAGAUGACAUAGUUGCCGGUGGUUUCCAGAUCAUUUUUGCGUUUUUGUACAAGUCGAGCGAGGUGAUUUCGAUGGAAGACAAGGACGAUGUGCGAUUUCUUCACAUCAUAUUUGACGCUACAGCAACUUGCCUCAAGACCACGGACUGCGAGUGUAUCGCAAUGAAUGGAUUGAAGGUGAUUGGAACCGUUAUUGGAAAGUUUCCGGGCUUCGUUGGAAUGCUGGCACCAAUUGAACUCCAGCAUCUGAUCGACGGGUGUUUAACCAAGUUGCACGACCGGCAGUUGUUGCCUGCGGUGACCAAGCUUGCUCAUGCGCUGUUGCAAGCGAUGACACCUCCGUAG